AUGAAAUUCUUAUGCAAAGCGAUCACCGGAAAUACAUCGCACCACAUUCACUGGCCCCUCUUUACUGCAUGCUUUGCAUGUAUAGGCCCUGCAAUUCGUCGCACCGAGGCUGGCUCGGGGACUCUGGGCAAACGCGACGCUUGUAUCGCCCUGACCGACUUCUCGGCUGACCCCGGUUUGCCCAAUCGCCUACCGGAUGGCAGCAGUCUCCACGGCCUGGCCCUCCAUCCGGGACGUUCGGCCGUCGUGGUACCAAAUGAAGCUGGCACCAUUGCAUUUUCCUCCGCCUGCCCCCCCUCCACCGGCUCUCCUGCCUCCAACGCCUCCAUCGUCUCGUCUUCACCAUCCUCCCUCGCCGUCGCCAGCUACGCCCUCAUGUCCGGCCGCCAGCCGCAGGCCCUGUUGACCGUCGGCGGUGGCAACAGCCCAGCAUUCGGCCUAACCGGACCUCAGGGCCAAUUCGUGGCCAGUCUGCCACCCGUUCUGGCCGGAUACCAGCAGAUACCCUCCACUCUCUGCUACCCGACACAACCUCAACAACAACAUCAAUUCCAACAUCAACAUCAACAGCAACAGCAACAUCAACAUCAACAACACAAUCCAAUUUAUCAUCAACAACAGCCACAGCAACAGGGGCUCCACCACACGCCGCAAAGCCCAAGCGGGCAAUAUCCUUAUCAGAUAACCCAACAACAACAACAACAACAACAACAGCAGCAACAAGUCUUGUCGAGCUUCGCCUAUCCCGGGUACCCUUCCCGGGCAUCGGCUGAGCCCUACCGGACCGACAUUUAUGUCGGCCCAAAGACGACGGAGAUGGCACGAGAGGUAACCGGCUGUAUGCAAGAAUCGGCAGCGUCUGGAGGCAGUCAAAUGUCCCUCGGACGCCAGACGAAGUGUAAGCCGGCCACAUCCACCGGAUCUGGACUAACGAGUCGCCCGUUGCCAGGCCAAGUGGGGGACAAGUCAGGUCUAAUGGCGCCCAGCCUAACGCUGACUACCGGUUAUGCCGGUCAAUCGGACCUUUCGGAUUUCCACAAAGACGCUUGGCUGGGCCAGCGAUGA